AUGUCUGAAAUAUUGCCUAAAGAGGUUUUCUACUGUGGUGUAUGUACGUUCCCACCAGAAUAUUGUGAAUUUGGACUUUCAUUCAAAAGAUGUAAGCAAUGGCUCCAAGAGAAUAAUGAAGCUUUGUUCGAUCUGAUUUAUAGCGAUGAAGCUUUAGCCAAUGCUACCAGCACAUUAUCUGUUGAAAAGCAGGCAAAGAUCUCCAAGGAAUUAGAAAAGAAGCAAGCCAAGGAAGAGGCCAAAUUAGAGAGAGAAUUACAGAUGAAAUUGGCAUCUAAGGUUAUCAUUAAACGUAUUGAAAGAAAUAAGAGAAAGCACGUGAUCGAAAUCUCGGGUUUGGAAGUUUUCAACAUUGACAUGAAGAAGUUGGCUAAGACCUUCGCCAGUAAAUUCGCCACAGGUGCUUCGGUGACCAAGAAUGCCGAGAAGAAAGAUGAAAUCGUGGUGCAAGGUGAUGUGAGUGACGAAGCAAAGGCUUAUAUUGAAAAGUUGCUAGAAGAAAAGGGCUUGAAUGAAGUUCAAGUUGUCCAGGAGGAUGAUAAAAAGGGUAAGAAGAAGGCCGCACUCGCAGCUGCAGCUGCGGCGUUAUCUGCGACCGGUGGAGUUCCACCACCAGCACAGAAGACUAGGUAG